AUGGCAGACACACUACAAAGACGAAUGCUGUCCAAGGAGGACGAGGCGACAACUACGGGUGAUGAGGUCGAGGUUAGAAGAGAGGACCAAGAUAAAAUCAAUAAAUUCAGUCGACUACAUCAGCGCGAGAUUGCCAUUGAGGACGAAUUAAAGCUAAAACACAAAGAGAAGGAAGACCUGGACGACGUAUCAAAUGAGUUGGAGCUUGCGGACGAGGACGAAACUAUUCCAUACAAAAUUGGCGAUGGGUUCGUUUCUCUACCACUCGAAGAAAUCCAGGAGAUGCUAUCGACAUCGACGUCAAAAAUCGAAGAGGAAGUAGCUGCUUUGGAGGAAAAGUUGGAAGAGAUCAGAGAAGAACAGACAGCGUUGAAGGUUGAUUUAUACGCGCGGUUUGGCAAAAGCAUCAAUCUGGAAACGUAG